CCUCCUUUACAUUGCCGAGCCCGGCCGUGACGGACGCCCUAGGCCUCACCCCACACCUGCGUCAUGAGUUAUUGCAUCAGUCCUUACAAAUCCGAACGAAGAAAUACCCCCAAUAGUCUGCCAUGACUGCUCCAACGGUACUUCCAAGAACCAGUCGAAACCUCUACAAUCGAGCAGUAAAAAUUUACUCUUGGAGAUCCCGACCUGCCUCCAUCAAUUGCUGCCACCUAUACAUUCGUCCGAGAACCCAGAGAAAGUUCACCACGUCAACACGAUUCAAUAUGAAGGAAGCAAUUGUUGCUAAGGGCCCAAAGGUCACAAUUCACGAUGUUCCAAUCCCCAAGCCAGGAACCAGCCAAGUUCUCAUUAAAGUCGUAUACUCUGGUUCCAAUCCCAAAGAUUGGAAGAGACCUCAAAUCGGAGAUCCUCACAACUCUGGCGAUGACAUUGCUGGAAUCGUCGAGGCUGUUGGCAAUGGGGUUCUUGAAUUCAAGAAAGGGGAUCGGGUUGCUGCGUUUCACGAGAUGAUGGCUCCACAUGGAUCUUUUGCGGAGUAUGCUAUUGCUUGGGAUUACACCACAUUCCACCUACCAGAGAAAACUUCCUUUGAAGAGGUAAUCCUUGAAUCGAAAUAAAUAACAAGCUCUGGGUUGAGCUAACGCCCCUCUCAGGGUGCUUCAAUCCCUCUUGCUGCAAUGACAGC